AGCAUCCCCUUCGAACUUUUCGCCAGUAGUCCCCGUGGGAUCCAGCUUGCUCGCUCUGAUUCCUCUUCUUAUCUCUCUGCAAAAUUCCUCUAUCUGACCUAGGGCGCAGGGAAUCGAAUAUACCCACCUUCCUUUUUAGCUCAACUUGUUUCUCCAAUCUUUCUAUUCUAGCCUGCUAGGGCUUUUACUUGGAGCGGCGGGCUGAGGUGGGAGGAAAAGGGAAGUGAUUUCCAUUAUUAUCGGAGCCGUCAUCGGUUCCUAUCUUUAUGCUGUGGAAGGCUUGCCUGGGUUUUCUAUUUCCCAUCACGAACUGUUCUAUCAGAAAGUGAUUCUAAGAUUUUUUAUACUAUUGUCCAUCUUAUUCUGGAAAAUUUUGAUGGCCUCUCUUUGUGACUUUUGUGGAGGGCAAAGAUCAAUGGUAUUUUGUAGAUCCGAUGCUGCAUCUCUUUGCCUGUCAUGUGAUCGCAAUGUACAUUCUGCAAAUGCGCUAUCUCGGCGGCACUCUCGAAGUCUUUUAUGUGAUAGAUGUUUUUCACAACCUGCGACUGUUAGGUGUACUGAAGAGCGUGUUUCGCUCUGUCAGAAUUGUGAUUGGAACGGACAUGGGAAUUCUAUAUUAUCUUCAGAACAUAAAAGGCUAACAAUCAGUUUCUACUCCGGCUGUCCAUCAGCAGCAGAGCUUGCCAAAAUAUGGCCCUUCGUUCUGGAAUUUCCUCAAAUAAUAGAUUCUAGCUGUGAGCAGGGAAUAAUGGGCUUAAUGAGCAUCAAUGAGAACUUUUCCAGCACUUAUUUGGGACCCCUACGGCAGAGUACUUCUGAUAUGGCAGAUAUAUGCAAAAUGAAUGACGUGAAGAUCGUGAAAACUACAGAUGUUCACUUUACUUCUUCUACAGCUACUCCAACUCCUAUGCUAUGCAGUACUGAUCAUCCAACCGAUUCUAUUGAUUCAACAACACCAAAGUCUAAUGAUGGUACAACUAAGAAUGUGGAAAAUUGUGAAGAUUUCUAUGAUGGUUUUGACGUAGAAGAUGAAUUAACUUUUGAGAACUAUGAGGAACUUUUUGGUGCAUCUCAUGCACAUUCAGAGCAUCUAUUCGAGGAUGUCGGGAUUGAUUGCCUUUUUGAAAUGAAGGAGAACUCUGCUGCUAAUUCCAACUGUCAGGGUGAAUUUGUUGCUGAGGCAUCAUCUGCUAAUCAGGUUAAAUCCAUGCAAGUAGCAAGCAGCAAUGCUAUGUCAGCUGAUUCUGUGAUGCCAAGCCAAGGUGGAAAAACAGAAUAUAACAUGUCUAUUUCAGCAAGGCAAGCUCAUUCCAGCCUGUCCCAUACUUUUUCUAGUUUAACUGGAGAAAGCAGUGCUGGUGACUAUGGAGAUUGUGGGAUGUCUUCAAUGCUUCUUAUGGGUGAAUCUCCAUGGUAUCCGACCAGUUCUGAUAUCUCAAUUCAGGCAGCUAACAGGGGUAAUGCUGUUAUGCGUUACAAAGAAAAGAAAAAAGCACGCAAGUUUGAGAAGAAAAUAAGGUAUGCCUCUCGCAAAACCAGGGCGGACUCUAGAAGGCGUGUGAAGGGAAGAUUUGUUAAAGCUGGUGAAGCUUUUGAUUAUGAUCCACUAUCCCAAAGCUAGAAGCUGCAGGAUCUACAAUUUAAGAAAGCUCACCAUUGCACAGCCUAAAAUCUCCUUUCUUUUUGUCAGAUAUAUGUUAAUUGAAUCUGAUUGCUUCUUUUCACCUUUUCAAUUUGCGAUGAGGACACCCAAGAAUAUUGUUCCUUCUAACAGCUCUUUCCAGUGUGGAUAAAAUCAUGUUAAUAUAUUUGACUUGGGCCCUCUUCGUUACGUUCUUCUCCAACACCGUUUUUACUAUUUCUGGGUUAACUGAAGGUAUGCAUCUCCUACGGCUUGGUCCAGUAGUUUUUUGCCCUUUGCCUUUGGUAGUUUAAUUGUUGUCUUAACUUUCAAUGUAAAAAUUUUGUAAAUUAUAAUGAUUGUUGUAAGCUAUAAGGAAGGUAAUAAUCUGCAUGUAUUUAGCACCUGAGAGAGCUAUAUUUGUAUCGGAAGGCUUGAGUAAGAACUGUGAGGUUUGUAUUCUGUAUUUUUGUUGCAGAUAAUUAUACUGUAAAUUGUUGCUUUCUGUUCAGCCUUAUGCCAUCUAAAAUUAAGAGUGAGAG